GUGCUGAACGGUGUUAUCUUACUCCGUAGGGACAGGAGGUUUGGAAGAGCAGUCGCUUUGGGCUUGAAUGUCUACAGAGCUGAGGAUAUAGUUGUCUGUUCCAUUGGCUUCAGAUACAGAAGAAGCAGUGAAGAGCGAAACAGCAGCACGGAGCAAGAGGGGAUUCUUUUACGUGAUUGAUCUAUGAAAUGGCAGAAAAUGGAACAGACUGUGACCAGAGACGCAUAGGAAUGAUCAAAGAGCAGCACAAUGGAAGCUUCACAGAUUCUUCUUUGUUGAAUGAACGGAAACGAAGGGACCGAGAGGAGAGGUUGAAUAUUGUCCUCUGGAGGCAACCACUUGUUACCUUGCAGUAUUUUUUCCUGGAAACUCUAAUAAACUUGAAGGAAUGGACCAUAAAAUUGUGGCAUCGGCGAAGUGUCUUGGUGUCUCUCUUACUGAUACUUGCAGUACUAACAGCUACGUAUUAUGUUGAAGGAACACAUCAACAGUAUGUGCGAUAUAUGGAGAAAAAGUUCUUCUGGUGUGCCUACUGGGUAGGAUUGGGCAUUCUGUCCUCUGUUGGACUCGGAACAGGUCUUCACACUUUUCUGCUCUAUUUGGGCCCACACAUUGCAUCAGUUACUCUUGCUGCCUAUGAAUGUAAUUCAGUUAAUUUUCCUGAGCCACCUUACCCGGAUCAAAUCAUCUGCCCUGAUGAGGAGGUCGAAGGAUCCAUCUCCUUAUGGGCUAUCAUCUCAAAAGUCAGGCUGGAAGCCUGCAUGUGGGGUGCGGGCACAGCCAUAGGAGAGCUGCCUCCAUACUUCAUGGCGCGGGCGGCCCGGCUCUCUGGUGCUGAACCUGAUGAUGAGGAGUACCAGGAAUUCGAGGAGAUGCUGGAACAUGCAGAGACUGCACAAGAUUUUGCUUCCCGGGCUAAACUGGCUGUCCAGAACCUGGUGCAGAAAGUUGGGUUCUUCGGCAUUUUGGCCUGUGCUUCAAUUCCAAACCCGCUGUUCGACCUGGCCGGCAUAACAUGCGGACACUUUCUGGUUCCCUUCUGGACCUUCUUUGGUGCGACCCUCAUUGGGAAGGCAGUCAUUAAAAUGCACAUCCAGAAACUUUUCGUUAUUAUAACAUUCAGCAAACAUAUAGUGGAGCAGAUGGUUUCCCUAAUCGGUGCUGUCCCAAGGGUAGGUCCUUCUCUCCAGAAGCCGUUUCGGGAGUACUUGGAGGCCCAGAGGCUCAAGCUGCACCACAAGCAGGACGGCGGAGCGCCCCAGGGGGAAAACUGGCUUUCGUGGAUGUUUGAAAAACUGGUGAUUGCCAUGGUUUGUUAUUUUAUCUUGUCUAUAAUCAACUCCAUGGCCCAAAGCUAUGCCAAACGACUGCAGCAGAAGAUGUACUCCGAAGAGAAAACCAAAUGAGCCUGGAAAAAACCCUUGGAAUGGGCUUUAGCAGACAUGAAAAAUGACAUGUCUUUCCAUACGUUUAAAAAUCAGCAUUAUUCCAAACUGGAGAAAACUUUUUAACAUCAAUUUUCAACUAUAAUAUUUUGAUUUUCUUUUGAAAGUAAUUUGGCUAUUAGAGCAGACCUUUCAUUGACAAACUUGUAAACGUUAAGGUAAGGUAUAAAUGCUUUACUUGUCCGAGUUGUGUUAUACGGGACGGGCAGGGUGAUGUUAGACUGGUGUUUAACACGGCUGUUGCCUGUCCAAAUUACUUACAAAACUGAUAAUUUAAUACUUAGCUGUAUUCCAGUUCCUGGUUUAACUUGCAGACUGGCCUAAGGGUAACUUUGUUUUGGAAGGGUGGCUGUUUUGCUUUUUCCAUAACUUUCCAGACCAUCGAACGUAUACAGAUAAAUACAGACCGCAUAGAAACUCUUGCAUGUCCC